AUGGAGAGACAAACAUCUGAAGAAGUGCAGAAGAAUAUAACCCGUGUGAAAGCUUCAAUAACUAUUGCUCGUUUGUUGGCACUGGAAGGAGUCGCUUUUAGAGGUCACGAUGAGACUGAAGAGUCAAGUAAUCGUGGCAACUUUAUUGAGUUUCUUCAACUUCUAGCUGAUCACAAUGAAGAAAUAGGUCGUGUGGCAUUGGAUAAAGCUCCACCUUAUGCGAAGUACACAUCUCAUGAGAUUCAGAAGCAAAUUUUGCAUGUUUUGGCUAAGAAGGUACGAAAUCACAUCUUUGAAGAAGUUGGAAAUUAUAAAUAUUCUAUCAUUGUGGAUGAGGCAAGUGAUGAAAGCAGUCAUGAACAAAUGGCUAUUGUUCUUCGUUUUGUUGAUGCCAAUGGGUUGAUACAAGAGCGCUUUUUUUCUAUUGUUCAUGUGGAAAAUACAACAUCGAAGACAUUGUAUUCUGCAAUUCGCUCGAUUCUUUCAUUCUAUAAGUUCCCAAUUCAAAAUCUUCGUGGACAAGGAUAUGAUGGUGCUAGUAACAUGCGUGGUGAGUGGAAUGGACUGCAGGCUUUAUUUUUGAAGGACUCUCCUCAGGCCUAUUAUGUACACUGUAUGGCUCAUCGUCUCCAGUUAUCAUUGGUUGCAGCUAGCUAUGUAUUCAAUGCUGCUAUUGAUGUUCAGAUGACAAAAUUGGGGUCAAGAUUCAAUGAUAGAGUGGUUGAGUUGUUGAAGCUUAGCUCAAGUUUGAAUCCUAGAGAUGGAUUUAAAACCUUUGACAUUGAUGCUAUUUGCAAGCUUGCAAGAGAGUAUUAUCCUCUUGAUUUUUCAGAUGAUGACAUUGAUACAUUGAAGUUCCAGUUGAAGAUGUUUCAGGUUAAUAUUCCUAAUUAUCCUUCUUUGGAGAAGCUAUCAUCUAUUACUGAUCUAUGUAAGGAGUUAGCAAGUACAAGGUUGGGAAAGGAAUACAACCUUAUUGAUAGACUGAUUCGUCUAUUAUUGACUCUUCCAGUUUCCACUGCUACAGGCGAACGUGCAUUUUCAGCUAAGAAGAUAGUGAAGAAUAGACUGCGAAACAAAAUGAAUGAUGAUUUUCUUGCUGAUAGCUUAGUUAUUUUCAUUAAACGAAUGAUAGCUAAGAAUUUCAGAUUAGAUGAUAUAUUGAGUGAUUUUGUAGAUCUCAAAGAACAUCGUGUACUUUUCAAAUAA